GUAAACAAAACAAAAUAAACGGUGCUCUUGCUCUCUCGUGUAAUUUUUGUAAUAAAUUGAGCAGCAAAUCAAUAAGUGAAUCAGUAGCUCUGCGACCUCAAGAGCGUGUAAAACAAAAUCAGGCCAAACCAAAACGACACACAUAUCAGAAUGCUGCCACUGUCAAGUACAAAUCAGGAUCUGCGAUGCCCCGGUUUCUGUGAUUGCCGCUUCCCGAGCUCCAUCGAUGUGGCUAAUCACAAAGGUAACAUACCCGAACUUGUCACCUGCACUUGCGGCGAGGAGACUGGCAACGGUUUGCAGUGGCAGUGGCACAAAGAAGAUGACUCCGAUGCCCAUGUUGUUGGCAGAGACAUCGUCUUCCAUCCAACCUACAGUCAGGGCACGGCGAUUGUACGCGGCGAGCAACCGUUGCAGCACGACAAAGUGCAUUUUUGGGAAAUGCGUGUAAUUACAGCUCUGGCGGGCACCGAUGUGAUGUUUGGCAUCGGCACUGACAGCGUCAAUCUAGAGCAAUUUAAAUUCCACUUUGUUUCGGCGCUGGGCACAAAUGCCCAAUCCUGGGGCUAUUCUUAUAAUGGAAAGAUCCAGCACUGUGGCGAUCAGCUGCCCUAUGGUCAAAAAUUCUCACAGGGCUGCCUGGUGGGCAUUUAUUUGGAUCGUACACGUGGCCAUCUCGAGUUCUAUUUAAAUCGUCGCUCGUUGGGCGUAGCCUACACGAAUAUACCCACCGAUCCGCAUGUCAAGAUAUAUCCGAUGGUGUGUUCCACAGCUGCCAAGUCCGUGAUACGCUUGAUCAACUCCACAUCGCAGUCGGUCACGUUGCAGUUGAGAGCAUUUCAAGCGCUAGUCAAGCAACCCGAGAAACUCGAAGAACUUCGUUGCAUGCCGGGGUUAAAGAGCAUCAUGCAGUCGUAUUGGUUUCUGGCGCCUCCAGUCCGAUAUUCCAGGUGUUCGAGGGAUCAAGAACUGGACUUGGGCGAUGAAGCGGUGUUGUCAAGUUCAAAAUUACGCUUAAACAGAAAACAAAAGUACAGAGACAGCGAUGAUGUCAACAUCGAUGAGGAUCUAUAUGCGAAUGCCCAUAAAAUAGCGUUGAGACGACCUGACAGCGGCGACGAAGAAUAUGCUGCCUCCAUCCAUGAGUUCUGUGAUGAAUACUUUCAUUAUUUAUUGUAGUCUCUAGCGAACCUCUUGCAUUUAUUAGCAAUUAAGAAAGCUUCAGCUGGGUGGGCUCCACCCAGAAAUGCGCUGUUACUUUAAGAUGUGUGUAAGGAAACUAUCUGUUUGUAAGUAUCAAAAGUAUAACAAAACGAAAUGAAAAAAAAAACAACUGAAAAAUUGUUAAGCUAUAUUGUUCUUAUCGAAAGUAACUCACGUUAAAGUUUUUUUGUUCGACCGAAACAUUUAUCUGAAAACUAUUCUUGUCAUUUGUAUUUUAAGGGUAUUAAAAAUAUAUAUAUUUGUAUGAAACUUUCCGGCUCUAGUUCUUUUGAAUAAUCAGAUAUAAGGAUGUAUCAUCCAUAGAGCAUGUUGAACUAAUAAUAUAUCAUAAAUAAUAUCCUUUGUUAACCAUAAAACGCUUACUCUUACUUUCUCUAUUAUUCAAUGUACACAAUUUUAGUUUGCUUUGCUUUUUGCAAGUAUGUAUAUAUUUAUUUAAAAAGUACUUGUUAUUUGCUUUAAAUAUAUAUGUAUAUAUCAUUGAGUUUUUAUAAUAAUAAUUAUGUGCGACAAA